AUGUCUGGGGGUGUCGACUCGUCAGUUGCAGCUAGAUUAUUAGCAGAACAGGAUUUCGAUCUUUCCGCUGUAUUCAUGCGUAACUGGGACACUCGCGACGAAAGUGGGACGGACGAGGGGUGCGAAUGGAAAAAGGACUGGGAAGACGUGCAACGCGUGUGUAAAGUCCUGGAUAUUCCCUGCCGAAUGAUUGAUCUGUCGCGUGAAUACUGGAAUCGGGUGUUUGAGCCUUCGUUGAACGUCUGGGAAGCUGGCCUGACACCUAACCCUGAUGUGUGGUGCAACAGAGAAAUCAAGUUUGGCGCACUGUUAGAGCGAUUGCCUAUGGAGGAUGAGAAGGCCUGGUUUGCUACCGGCCACUAUGCGCGCAAAACCUGGUCCAAUCAUCCCAGACCACGACCACAACUUCGCUGUGCCAAGGAUCCCAUCAAAGACCAGUCAUACUACCUGUCGUCCAUCUCCGAACAGAGCCUCGCUCGAACUCUCUUCCCAAUCGGCGAUUUUACCAAAGCACAAGUACGCGAUCUAGCUAAAAAAUACGAUUUACCAACUGCAGAAAGACCUGAGAGCAUGGGGCUAUGUUUCAUCGGCGAGAAAACACGGUUCCGGGAUUUCCUCUCUUCGUAUUUGCCUCCCAAUCCCGGUCCUAUCUGUGACCAUGUUACCCAGAAACGGGUAGGCACUCAUCAAGGCCUUUGGUCCUAUACUAUUGGUCAGAAAGCUAGGAUACCGGGGAUGUCUGAAAAGAUGUUCGUGUCCGGGAAAAUGGAAGGUACGAACACCAUCUUCGUCGUCCCUGGGGGGGACCAUCCUCUAUUAUUAAGAAAUACGUAUCGGCCAAUAGAAUGGAGGUCGAUCUGGGCGGAUUCACCCAUACCUGGGGUUGAGAAGGGAGAGGCGUUCCGCGGGAUGGCGAAGAUUCGACAUCGUCAGCCGUUGGUCCCUUGUACUGUAUCUCGUGACGAACACGGACUUUUAAUUACGACAGACACCCCUCAGAAAGGCGUCGCUACCGGCCAGGUGAUCGCUAUUUGGGACGACGAUUGGUGCUUGGGUUGCGGGCUUGUCGACUCUACAUCCUAUGUGGGGGAGCUCCACUUCCAGAAGCCCGCGGACGGUGACGAAGAACACGCUGCGGGAAGGAGUGGAUCCGAACGCAUCCCAACGGAACUGUAG